AUGCUCAAGCGUUCAGAUAGAGCUUGUUUUCAGGAGGAACGUGAGGUACUCGUAAAAGGAAUGAUCAAGGGAUCUCCUUGGAUUACUCAACUUCAUUACACCUUUCAAGAUGAAAAAUUUCUAUAUUUUGUUAUGAAGUUUUACAAUGGCGGUGAUAUGCUCACAAUGUUGAGUAAAUUUGAUGAUCAAAUUCCCGAGGAUGUGGCUCGAUUUUAUCUGGCGGAAUUAGUCCUUGCAAUUAAUUCUCUUCACGAACUUGGAUAUGUCCAUCGAGAUAUUAAGCCUGACAAUGUUCUUCUUGAAACAUCCGGUCACAUCGUUUUAACGGAUUUCGGAUCGUGUCUACGAAUUGGACAGGACGGUUUGAUUAAGAAUACUGCUGCUAUUGGCACUCCUGAUUAUAUUGCUCCGGAAAUUUUACGAGCUGCCGAAGAUUCUCAUGGAACGUUCGGCGUCGAGUGCGAUUAUUGGUCUCUCGGAGUAGUAAUGUACGAAAUGCUAUUCGGAGAAACUCCCUUCUAUAGCGAAAAUCUCAUUCAAACAUAUAGUCAGAUCAUGAACUUUGAGAAAACCUUCAGGUUUCCUGAAGAUGAGGAAGGCGUUUCUGACGAAGCAAAGGAUUUAUUAAAACAUUUUAUUUGUGAUCGCAAAACUCGCUAUGGCCGUAAUGGGAUUGAGGAGAUUGUGAAGCAUCCAUUCUUUAAUGGAAUCGAUUGGCAAAACAUUCGUUCCCAACACGCUCCAUAUCAGCCAGAAGUUAAAUCUCCAGAGGAUACGUCGAAUUUUGAUAUUGAGGAAUCUGCCCGAACUUACGUAGGUCUUUUUUACAACUUUAAAUGA